UUUAACCCAAAGACGUUUAAUAACGACAUUGCUCUGGUGGAGCUGAGUUCUCCAGUAAUUCUGUCUGAACGGGUCACACCUGUCUGCUUGCCCUCUGACCUCGAUCCACCGGCUGGUACACCCUGCUUGGUGGCCGGCUGGGGCUCUCUGUAUGAGGAUGGACCCUCGGCAGAUGUGGUGAUGGAGGCGAAAGUGCCACUGCUGUCUCAGACCACCUGUCGCAGUUCACUGGGGAAGGAGCUGCUCACGAACACCAUGUUCUGCGCUGGAUACCUGUCUGGAGGUAUCGACUCAUGCCAGGGUGAUUCCGGAGGGCCGUUGAUCUACCAGGACGGUUUAUCGGGACGGUUUCAGCUCUUUGGCAUCACCUCUUGGGGGGAUGGCUGUGGGGAGAGGGGAAAGCCUGGUGUUCACACGGGUCACCGCCUUCUCUGACUGGGUCAUGACAGAGAUACAGAAGUCCUUUGGGAGUCGGGAACCCACAUGUCCUGAGCUGCUUAAGACAAGUGAGCUGUCUGAAGAACAGCAGAUGUCAGAAUUCACCACGCUCUGCCACUUCUACACACUAUCCUGCUCUUCGACCCUCGACCCCUCUGCCUGCCAGCGUCUCGCUCAGGACAAAUGCCAAAGCCGGUUUAAGAAGUGCCAACUGCAUUCCUUUCUGCAGACUCUGCUGGACUUGCUUCAGAGGGCCGAUGACUGUAUCAGAGAUAAAGUUGAUCUGACCUUCUUCACUCAGACUCUUCCUCAGUUGGUGGAGAAUGUGUACAGCUCUGCUCAUAUAACACGAAGACGCAGAAAUGCACUUGAAACAGAGCAGGUAGGCCAGCCAGCACUGUUCCAGCAAGUGGGCCCUCUGCUGGACGACUGGGAGAUCUACCUUACAGGCAUUGCUGAAGAUCUGGAUCAACACAAAGAACUAAAGAACUCACAGGAACUUUCUCAGGAGCAACAACUCUUCACACCGGAUGAGGACAGUGAAAAAGCACUUCUUCAGCAGCUUGAUGGAUCACUGCUCUCCUCCAUUGCUGCCCUGCGUUCCAAGCUAGACUCACUGCGCAUUCCUGUCAUACCAGAAUUGGACCACCGACUGUUUCAAAGGGAUUUCACCAUUCCCACCACUGGAAAACAACAACAGGAUAAUAGUGCCAAAUCUAGGGAGUCUGUAUUGUCAGCUGACUUUUGGACUGCUCUGAUAUAUAAAGCUCUGAGAGGGAGUGGCACAGGAAGUGUUACAGGAAGUCCAGUGAUGACAGCAUCCCCUCAGGAUCAUAUGGAUACAACAUCCACACAACCACUGAAACUCAAGACACUGGAACCUUCUGAUUCUGUCCCUACCCAGGUGCCCCUGCUUCAACAGCCACUCUUCAAAAAGCUCCUGUGGAGGAGAAAGAGAGAUCUACACAAGCGACAGAUACAAGGAGCCAAUGACAAAGUUUGCUCAGGAGUAACUGAGUCAGCUCAGCUGGUCAGCACCACCAAAAUGAUGUACAACUGGAUCCUGGCUGUUCCAUCUAACAACAUAAACAUGAUCUUCCAGGAGGUGCUGGUUGACCUGAAUUCUAAGAAUGAUCGUGGUUUGUACCAAUCACGGAUCAAGGCCACUGUUGGUGGGCGACCUUUGACCUUUUACAGCUUGGUGGGUUUGGAGAAUGAAGCAUUCUAUCGUAGUAUGCCACGCAUCAUUGCUGUCGCCAUUGAUGCUCUCAAAACGUAAAACACACUCAUAUAUGCUGCUGAAAUCAUACUUGAGCUGAAUUGGCAUCCGCGACAUUGAGUGUUAUUACAUCCUAAACUUUCUAAUGUGACAUCACCUGCUGCUAUGGAAAUGACUGGAUGAGACCUUCUUUCUAGAGUCAUCACGGGACAGCUGACACUUUUCUGGAGGAUGAAGGGUCUCAGUCGGUCACUGUGAACUGAGACUGGACUGACGUGACGAUAUGUACACCCCGAUUUAACUUAUUUCCCAAGAACAGAGGUUGAUCCUCCUCUC